UGCUGCUGUUGAAACAAUUGAUUGAGUACCCACGCACGGGCCGCCACCGCGAUCUGCCAAUGACAGCGGGUACGUAUCUCUCGCCCGUUCUUUCACUCAUUGAGAUUCGUUUCGUUGCACUUCAACUCACUUCAGCUUCACCAUCACAGAGAACUCUGUUACAUUUCAUUCAUCUGCCUGCAUCAGAAGAAGGCGAUUUCGACAAUUGAAAGCCUGAAUAUCUUUUCUGAGUAUUUGCUUGCAUUGAAAUAUCACAAAACCUUGUCCUAACUAAGCCCUGUGUUCAAACGGGAGUUUGAGCAUAAAUCCAAGGACCCUUCAUCGUCAACUUCAUCACUCACCUACACGGAAAGCUCUCAAAGUUCGUGUCACAGUCAUGGCUUCCCCAAAUGAUGUGGAUAUGACUGGUGCCGAAUCAUCACGCAACGAGCCAUUCACUAUUGAAGAGAACAUCCGCCAGCUAAAUGCCAUCGACCAACAAAUCAUCCAGCUCAUGAAACACACUGCCACAGCACUCAACGCACUCACAAUACCGAAAUCCACAGAAACCGACCAGAACAUGGAUCCAUCAGCUGAACCUACAAAGCCAUCACUAGAUCCUGGUACACAAAAAGAAGCCUUCGCUUCUGCGACAGAUCAGUUCUUCCAGGCACUUCACACCGUCGAUGUCAAGAUCAAACGCCAGGUCAUGGCACUCGAGGAAGCCAAUAUCAUCAGUCUUGCUCCACCGCCUCGCCUGAAUAAGACGGGUCCCAUCAUCCCACAACCAACGCCCAACGGAGUGGGAGCUGUGGGCAACAUCGGAGCGGGCUGGUUGAACAGUCGAGGGACAAGAGUUGAGAGGGAUAUGGAGGCAGAGCUCUGGGGAAAGGCAAAGGAAAUUUUGAAGGAGAAGGAAGCAAAGCUGGAGUCUGGAUCAGGAUAGAUGUAGAUGCAAUGUUGCCUUGAUGGAAGGUUUAGGAAGGGGACCAUCAUCUCCCCGGCCAUCCCAAUAAAACUACAAAGGAAAACAACCCUGGUAGAUAUUUGCUGCACAAUACAAAUCCAUUGAUGAUGGAUUUCAUAUUGCAAGUCAAGCCUCAUGUUAUUGCUUACCC